AUGUAUCAAAAGCAAUACCUACAUUAUUGACUCCAAGAAUUGAUCCGAUUCCAAUUGCACAUAAACCUCCAACUGAGACGCAAAGGAUUGUACCAAUCGCAAAAGCUUGUAUAGAAAAAAAACUGGCUUUUUUAUAUCUAGUUAGUAUUUCUAAUUCGGUUAAUUUAACAUUUUUUGAUGAAAAGUCUGAUUGA